UCUUCAGUGAGCAGCUUAAAGAAAACAAAACCAGAUUAUAAAAUGCACCAAGCCCAGACCUGAGUUAAAAAUCACCACAAGCUCUACAAACAGGACGGGAGCGUGUGCCCAUCAGUCACGAAGCAUCCUGCAGGGUAACGUGGCCCAAAAAAUCCGGGCCCGAGCCACCGCGCCGUCAGCCCGGAAUCCCCAGGGUCCACCCAGCAGAGGCCGGCGACUGGAGACCCCCAGGACACCCCCCACUGAAACGGCCCACGCUCCCGACGGCCGGGGAAGAAGCCCACCGUGCCUCGCUCGCCCACCGCGGUCCACCGGCCGCCAAGCCCAGGCACUACUCCGCCCCCCACAGACGUGCCCAGAGGGUCCUCCCGGGGACGCGGCGGCCACCAGCCUCGCCGCUGCCGCACCGCGAGCCGGGGGAAGGGAGGGGGCGCUGCGGGCGACCGAGCGAGGAGGAAACUCGACACCGGAUGAGCGGCCGCUCGGGGCAGGAAGCCGCGCCGGCGACCGUGCGCCCCGGAGAUCAAAGUCCGCGGGGCCGGGCGCGGCCUCCGGGCGCUUUCAUUUUCCAACUUCCUGUCCCCCGGCGAAGUCGCACUCACUCCCCGCCGCCACCUUCUGCCCGGGUCACCUCGCAAGACCAAAUAAGGGGCGAGGCGAGCCGGGCGGGGCGCUCCGCGUCCACCUGCGCAGCGCCGGGCAGCAGCCGCGAGGCCGGGCGCGUCCGGGGCGGCCCCGAGGGAGCGAGCGCCCCGCCCGCCCGCCCGCCCGCGCGUUUCCUGCGGCGCCGCGAGCCCCCGGGCCCGGCCGCGGCCGCCGCGAGACCCCGCUGGGGCGCGCCGCUCACCGAGGCCGCGCGCUGGGCUCCGGGUCGCUCUCCGCCUCGAGCUCGACGCUCCGCUCCGCCCGCCGCCGCCUCCUCGCCUUCCUCACGCCGGGCACUCGAGGGCAGCGCGGCAGCCGCUGCGACCCCCGCGGCGGAGGCGAGCCCGCCGGGUGCCCACAGCCGCCCGCAUCUCCCGCCGCCGCACGGCCGCCGCGGCUCCUCGCGCCCCGCCCUGCCCGCCCCCGCACGCGGCGGCAGUGGCGGCGGCGCCGGCGGCUGCGGCGGCGGCGGCGGCGCGGGUCGUCCGGCCGCUACCCGCCGGGCGCGCGCUCGGGGCGUUCCUCGCCGUCGCCCGGCCUGCCAGUCGCGCCGCGGCCGCCGCCACUCUCAAACCCCCUGGCAGCGCCGGGGCCCCUCCCAGAUGCCGUCGCCGCCGCCGCCGCGCGUCACUUCCGGGGGUGUGGAGGGCGGGGCCGCGACCCCGAGGGGCGCUGCGAGGCCCGGCCGCCCCCACGCGCGGGUCCGGGGGCGAGGGGUUCGGGCGUGGGCGCCGCGAGGGCGCCCCCUGGAGUUCCCCACUAGCCGCUCGCCGCCGCCGUCGGCCGUGUCGUACCUCCCUGAGUCGCCGGGCCCGAAGCUGCCACCUGCGUCGGGACCCCCGACUCCCCCUCCCGGGGUCGUAGGGCCCCUGCGUGGGCUGGGCGGACGGAGGGGCCGUUCGCGGAGCCCCCCGCCGAGGCUGCAGCUUCUGCGGCCGCAGAGCCCCCGGGGGCCGCCGUGCCCCCUGUGCCGCCCGCCCUGCUUUUCCCUGGCUGCGUGGACCCCAAAGUUGGGGCCGCCGCCGCCGCGUUCUCGCAGGGCCGGGUCCCGGGGCGCGCUCUGAGGGAGGACUAAAGCGGCACCGUGGCUGCGCGGCCCGGCGGUGCAGGUGUGGAAAACCGGGGGCGACCUGCGGCGACUUUCCUCACUGGUCCCAAACGCGAUCUGGUUAUCCAGAAAAGGGGGUGCGCUCGCCCCGUGUCCUGGAGUCCAGAGCUUGCAGGGACGCUAGCUCUUGCGUUCCCGCUAAUGGAAUUCUUAGGAAACCAGCUCACACUUGGGCCGAGAAACUACUUGACCCAUAAAAAAAAAAAAAAGAUGUGGAGUCGUUAAUAAACUGGCAUUGGCUGAGCAAAACCUUCAAGAGGUAGAUUGCCUUUUUUUAAUUUGACUUCACAGGAAGCCAGAGGCAGGUCAGGCAGUGUGGGAGCUGCUGGCCGUGCCUGGCUGUUCCCUGGUGUUGAAGAGGAGAAGGAGAUGAAGAACAUAACCGCGUGGCGCGUCAUAAACACCGGGGUGGUGACAUCAUCGCGCCGCCUCCCGCCCCCGCGGUGGAAUUCAUGGUGAAAUUCGUUGAGCUGCCCGCGUGCAGGGAGAUCCCGCGCUCCCUCUGGGUCUGGAAAAGGCUCUCUGCCUUUGAUGUCCAGCCGCCUCCUCCGUACUACCGCGUAAUUAUACUCGUGUGCAAGCAACUCUGCCGAAAGGUGUAGCUUUUAAAAGUAGUGCCCACAGAGGAGCUCUCUGCUAUGGCUUGGAAAAGAAGUGGAAGAUGGCCCAAGUCCUUGGGCCCCUGCACCCACGUGGGAGACCUGGAAGAAGCUCCUGGCUUUGGAUUGGCUCAGCUCCAGCAGUUGUGGCCAGUUGGGGAAUGAACCAGCAGAUAGAAGACCUCUCUCUCUGCCUCUCCUUCUCUAUGUAACUCUUUCAAAUAAAUAAAUCUUCAAAAAUAAAUAAAUAUAUCUAAAGGGGAAUAAAAGAGAAGGAAACUCAACUGGGGGCUGCAAACUGCUAUGCGGUCCAUGGGAGAGGCGGGGCUCAGAGCCGUGAGCUCAGGGAAAUCCAGACGUGGCUCGGUGAAGAUGACUACCCACACUCUCACCCCUCACUCGCACGCAGGCAGGGGAGCGAGAAGGUGAAAUGUUAGCAAGGGGUGGCUUGGGGUCAGGCGAUCCUGUGGCCGGGCACACCAGGCUGCCUCCUGAUCCGCUUGGAGAUCUAGUAACAGGGUUGGAUGUCACCAAGACCAGCCUCUAAGCAGCUCUCCACCCAUCGGUGACAAAACUGCCAGGCUACUGUAACCAAACCUG